AUGCCAACCGCUGUUAAACCUCAUAGAAGAAGAAACGCUACAUGCCCGACGCCCAACGUGGUUCACAACUCAGUCUGAUUUAUUUUGAAUGAAACGUUAACAAAUCUUUUUUUUUUUUACUAUAACGAACUGUACAUUUCGACUGCAUCAAUAAUGGAUAGCAUAAAAGACGGAUGGUUCACAGAAACGUGUACGUUAUGGCCUGGACAAGCGAUGAGUCUGCAAGUAGAAGAGGUUCUUUACCAACAAAAAUCAAAAUUUCAAGAUGUCAUGGUUUUCAAGAGGUAACGUUAAGUAGCUAGCUAGCUAACGUUAGCUAGCUAGAAAUACAACUGUUUGUAUGCUAGCUACGUUAGCUAGUUAUGUAACGCUGGCUUGCUAGCUAGCUAGUAUUUAGGAUGUUUUUAAAAUUGAGAGGUUAAGUAACUGUUCCCACAUAUCCAAUCGUUAUUGCUAGAAGUUUAGCUAGCGCUAACUAGUUGGCUAACGUUUACUAGCUAGCAAACGUAUCUACCUAGCUAGCUGACAGCAAUACCUUAGUUAAAGUUAACCUAGCUAGUUACCUAAUUGGGUCUAAGGGAGGAAAUGUGUCCAAGGUUUUCUAGCUAGUUAUUUGUUUUGGUUGUGUGUCGGGGUCAUUUUCUUCAUGUUAGCUAGCCAAAGCUAACUAUCUAGCUAGCUAGUUUAACUUGCCAGAUGUCAUGAACCCAAAUGUUGAUGCUUUUGCCAUCUCUCACUUCUGUCAUUGAAAUUUCUGCAAUAUCCUGUGUGUUAAGUAACGUUAGUAGGCCUACAUUAGCUAGCAUGUCUUGGCACAACGUGUCUCAUAUGUAUAGUUGGCUAACUAGGUUGCUAGCUUCAUCUUGCCAAUCAUGACUUGUAUUUGACACCCCUAACCCAUCCCUGAUGAUUAUCAAGCAACCACAUACAGUCUGUUCCCUUUUUACCUAUUCCUCUUCUUCUACUGUUUCUGGGGUUAUUUGUUUGUACUAAUUAGUCAUUCAAGUGAGUAAUCUCAUUUCAUAUAUUUUCAGCAAAACCUAUGGAAAUGUCCUUGUGCUGGAUGGAGUUAUUCAAUGCACAGAGAGAGAUGAGUUUUCCUACCAAGAAAUGAUAGCCAACCUACCUCUGUGCUCCCACCCUUGCCCCAAAAAGGUAUAGUCAUCCCACCAUAAAUUCAGUUGAACAUAUUAUACUACAAGACUUAAUUGUGCGUUGUAGAGAAUCCUGGACAGAACUUUUUGGGGAAGUUUUGCAUGUUGGUGUGUUGUAUCACUUAUUAUAAUUAAUGUAUUCCCUUCUCUUUGCAGGUCCUGAUUAUUGGUGGGGGAGAUGGUGGUGUCCUGAGAGAAGUGGUAAAGCACCCACUUGUUGAAUCAGUGGUUCAGUGUGAAAUCGAUGAGGUAGGUAUCAAACACUGACUGGAAUCAUGCUCUUUUCUCAUUCCAUUUCAUUGACUGGUAACAUCAUAGACGACACAGAAGUGUAAAGUUUGUUAUAAUUUUCACUUUGCCCUUAAGGAUGUAAUCAAUGUGUCGAAGAAGUACCUCCCUGGUAUGGCGAAAGGGUUCUUCAGUCCCAAACUCACUCUGAAUGUUGGAGAUGGAUUUGAGUUCAUGAAACAGAACCAGGAUGCCUUUGACAUCAUUAUAACAGAUUCAUCUGACCCUGUUGGUAAGAAAACAGAUGCCUGCUACAUGAGUGUUUUAUUUGCUCAUAAUAUUUCUCUGUAGUUAGUGUGCUUGCACAAAUAUUUUCUUCAGGAAAGUAAAUGUACCUUUUGACAAUUGAUGUAUCAAUAGCUAUCUCAAGUGUUCACUUUUCUGUAAGUCUAAUCCAGUUACCUAUAUGCUUCUUGCUGUUACAGGGCCUGCUGAGAGUUUGUUCAAAGAGUCUUACUAUGAACUCAUGAAGACAGCCUUACGAGAUGGUGGAAUUCUUUGUUGCCAAGGUGACAUGAUUUCUACUGACCCUUCAAUCCUGCUUCAGAUAUCAUUAUUAGAAAAAGAUGGCAAAGUGUGUGCAAUUCAUAGCAGUAACACGAGUUAAAUAGACAGCCAAUCUAAACUUGUCAGGAAACCUGUUGCCACCCACAUCAUAUUAUUAUUGCAAGAUUGCCAUUAAGAGAAAUGUACAAUUGGUGAGGGAAGUCAGAGGACCAUCCCUAUCUUUUUUUGCAGCAAAUGCUGCUCAGCAGCUUACUUAUUGCCCUGUGAGGAAAUAGUUUGAUUCUAUUGCGAUGGGUUAGACCAAUAAGAUCAAUGAGACUGACAGAAUUGACCCACCCUUUUUUUGUUUGCCUCUGAAUUCCACAGGAGAGUGUCAAUGGCUCCACUUGGAGCUGAUUAAAGAGAUGCGGACCUUCUGCAAGACACUGUUCCCAGUGGUGGAUUAUGCCUACUGCACCAUUCCCACCUAUCCAAGUGGCCAGAUUGGCUUUAUGCUGUGCAGUAAAAAUGCUGUAAGUGUCAGUCUUUUUUUCUGUCUUCAAUAACGUAAUUCUUAGUGGUUCAUUACCUAUUGAAUUUAAUGAGUUAAAGAUGUGUUAUAAUGGUUUUGUAUUAUUUUUAAGCCAGUAGGUUUGAAAGUAGUGCUCAACAGCCAAAAAGGAUCCCCAUUAGCUGCUGCCAAGGCUAUUAUUCCUGGGGUCCAGCAACAUUAAGGCAGUUAUAUACAAUUUAAAAUAUUACAUUUCAUAACACUUUUCACAACACAUUAAGUGUGUGCCCUCAUGCCACUACUCUACUACCACAUAUCUACAAUACUAAAUCCAUGUGUGUGUGGAGUGCGUGUCUUAUCGUGUGUGUGUAAGCCUGUGUGUGUAUACAACGUCAUGUUGAGUUAAAACAAAUUCUUAGGUGUGCAUGUGGUGUAUACGUGCUUGGGCCCAUCCUGUAACCUCAUUGCUUUAACCUUACAACCUCAUUGGAAAUGAUUCCACCUGCCAAUCAACAUUGUCCAUCAGGUUAGGUUGUAGGCUACAAGCCAGCGAACGAGCGAGCGACCGACAGGGUGUUGUCAAUGUGAUAAUGUAAUUUUGUAGCCUACAAUGGAAAAUCUACCCAUUGCGAGCUUAUGGAAUUUGGAAUUUUAGAUUUGGAUGGUUGACAUUACAGGAAGGUAGGCCACAAUUUACUUGUCUAUAAAGAGUGAAAACAGUUGGCUCCUAUAGCCUCUAUACAUUUAUGGAACGAAUACUAAUGUGUGUUGAGACCGGGAUAUCUAAAUGGAUUAAAGUAAGUGAAAUCCUUAUCGUGAAAUAGUACCCAAAUUAAUAAAUGCAUUGAAAAAGAGAAGUGACACUAACGAGGUCUAAUACUGACCAAAGCUCCGGUUCCAAUCCAGGUGCCAAUGCCGUUUAGCCAAAAUCCAGGCGUUUACAUGAAAAUAGAACCCUUUGGCCACGCACACCGGUGGUGGGUUUGACGUCGAAAUGAGAAUGCAUGAGCAGAAAAUAACCCCAUACCUACUGUAAAAUAUGGUGGUGGAUCUUUAUGGGGCUAUUUUGCUUCCACUGGUCCUGGGGCCCUUGUUAAGGUCAAUGACAUCAUGAACCUUACCCCGUACCAGGACUUUGUUGCCUCUGCUGGGAGGCUGAAACUUGACCGCAAGACGAUAACCCCAAGCACACAUCAACAUCCACGUUUUCAAUGGCCAUCUCAGUCUCCAGACUUGAAACCCAUUGAAAACCUGUGGUUGAAUUGAAGAGGGCACUCCAUAAGUGCAGACGAAGGAUAUCAAGGAUCUGGAAGGAUUCUGUAUGGAUGAAUGGUCUAAGAUCCCUCCCAAUCCAACUCGUAAAACAUUUUAUCUGUAUAUCUAACUUUCAAUUUGUGUGAUGCAUUCUAACUUUGGAUGACUUCAUCCACAUAUAAUUGUUCUAUUUUAUUCUCGCUGUGAUCAAAAAAUGCGCUUAGCUAAUGUAGAUGAAGUCCUUAAAUAAUUGAAUGUAAGGAUUUCUGGGAUUCAUAUGCUAAAAGAUGACUACAGAUGUAUGAACCUUACAUUGACACGUUGAUUCCAAGAUGUGAGAUAAAAAAAAUAAAAAAAACACAAGUUGUUUUUCAGGCCUCUAAACAAGCUAACUAUUUAAAAACUUCUGAAACGCACUUCUGUAGUCAUGACCUUUUUCCAAUGUUGGUCACAGUCCAAAAUGGUCUUACGAUAAUUGUUUUUCUUUUUGUAUUUAGCAAACCAAUUUUAGAGAUCCAGUGAGAGAACUCUCAACAAAUGAAGUGGAAAGUAUGAACCUGAGGUAUUACAACCCGGAGAUCCACAGUGCAUCGUUCAUCCUCCCUGAGUUUGCAAGAAAGGUAACCCUGUUACAAAUACAAAAUCAGAUUUACUGUACGUGUCAGACACCUCAUACAGCAAUUUCAAGGGCAUUUCAUGAUGAAGUAUGAAAAUGUAUGCACUCACUAACUGUAAGUUGCUCUGGAUAAGCGCGUCUGCUAAAUUACUAAAAUGUAAAUGUUUGAACAUUUCAGGGCAUUUCCCUCGCCCUAGUGAAAUUCCUACACCAGGUCUCUUCCAUACUUGCUUUGUCUCACUUUUAUCCAUACUCUCUUUUACUCUUCACAGGUACUGAGCGAAGCAUGAGUGGCAUGAUGGACACAUUUUUUUAUCCUUGACCUGAUUCUCUCUGGCAACAGAAGCAACACCUCACCACAGCUGCUGCGCCUCUUUUCACGGUCUCCAUCAGGGAGGACUUGGUGAAGACUUGUUAAGUGGAAAGGAAAGGGCAAUUCUGUUCCUUUCAGAGAGAGUAUUAAUUCCUUCCAGUGCUUCCUUCCAGUCUUACAAACUAUUUGUAUUUAUUUGUUCUGGAAUUUUUGUCAUGUCUUGAUUCUUAAUGGUAAUCACUUAUGUCAACAUCUAGUUGGAAAAUGAGGUGGGAGGAAAAACAUUCAUACCUUACUCUUUGGAGCAAUGUGAUUCUAACACAUUAUUAGUAUGGAUUUAAUCAUAGUACUUGGUUGUAUAAAGACAAGAUUACCUCUUAAGAUUAAGGUACACUCAAUUGCAAAACAUGCCCACUUCGGUUUAAAGAAAACCGAUACAAACGUGUUCCUCUUCGCACCUCUCCGUCAAGUCAUCCACCCAAAUAAUUCAAGAUGAUCCCAAUAGUGCCUGGAUUGUGUUUUUCCAUUACAGUAGGAAACAUUUGUUGAAGUGGUUUCUAUCAUAGUUUACCUCCAGGCAGAUAGACGGUAUGAUUUUAUAUUGGUUGAAAAUGAUGUAUUAUCUGCCACAAUGGAAAAACUCAGGUCAGGAGUUGAGAACAUUUCCGCUUUAAAAUGUCAACAGAAGUGUUGAUUGUUUCCUAUAUAACACUUGUUUAGAUAUAGUUUAUUCACCAAUGGAGAUGAAGUUACAUGUGUGGGUUGAUUGAAUACUGAGGAUGUACUGCACAUCAAUUUAGUUGGGUGUUUCUUAUCCUUUGCUAUACAAUCCCCUAUAUGUGGUACUAUACGGUUGUUGAUCUAGUAUGGAAUCAUCCAGAAUAAUGAUGUCAAAAUUAUGCCUUUUGGUUUUUAUUUCUUUGGGAUUUGUUAUGAACAUAGGUGUUGUGAAAUAUUGCAAUCUAUAAAUCUCCAUGGAGUACGUAUCAGUAGUGCAUCCAUACUAAACCUAUGUCCAAGGCAAUGGUGUUACACAUGAACAUUAAGAUCAUGUUUUUAUAAGAGUUAUGAAAUAUAAUAAAUCAGUGAGGUAAACUGGAUAUCUGAGACUUGUUUCUCUGUUUUAAAGCUACACAUCUCAUCUAAAAUGGAGUGACUAUACAAACUCUAUGAAAUGAGAAAUCCACCCUGGACUAGCUCAGGCAUGAAAAUUGCAGAUGAAAUUUUCUAUCCCACAUUAUAUGUAGAAUUGUGUCCACUGCAGAUAUACAGUGCCUUCAGAAAGUAU